AUGCUACAUCAGGAUAACUGUUAUGGUGUAGCUUUCAGGGCUAUCGCCACUGCUGAUGAAGAGCUAUUUAAGCAAACAGUGCGUUUCUAUCACAGUCUGGGUUUCUCCACCAUCAAGGACUUCAACAAGUUCAAGCACGGUGAGAACGUCGUUCUAGCGUCUGGUACUUCCGACGAUUCCUUGAGAGAGGUCUGGCUGGAGUCCUUCAAGCUAAGUGAAACCGACUCUCUAGGGUUCCGUGUCCCACAACAGGAGGCCUCUAACAAGGCCCAAAGCCAAGGUGCCUUCGUCAAAGUUCGUCUGGUCAUGCACGAACCUUUGAAGGACGUAUACAGCACUGCACAAACCUCCCACAUCACUUACUUCUCCGCUGACCUUCCAGCCAUCGCCAAGGAGUUCGGCGACAAGGUCACCAAGGUCUCCGACUCCGUCCUGCAGAUGAACGACCCAAUGGGCAACCAAUUGAGCUUCACCUCAUUUGCAUCUCCUCUAGACGAAAAGCCAACUAACAUGGACGCUUUCUUGAAGCCUCUAGAGAAGGAGGACGACAUCACCGCUAGCCAAAGCACCGACGCCGUCAACCAACUAAAGGAGUCCCUACAAAGUGGCUCCAACCUACAAAAGAAGAAGAAGAUCGCCGUCAUGACUUCCGGUGGUGACUCUCCAGGUAUGAACGCCGCCGUUCGUGCUGUUGUCCGUACCGGUAUCCACUACGGUUGCGAUGUUUUCGCCGUUUACGAAGGUUACGAAGGUCUAUUGAGAGGUGGUAAGUACUUGAAGAAGAUGCACUGGGAAGAUGUCAGAGGCUGGCUAAGCGAGGGUGGUACUUUGAUCGGUACCGCUCGUUCCAUGGAAUUCAAGAAGCGUGAAGGUCGUAAGAGAGCUGCCGGUAACUUGAUUUCUCAAGGUAUCGACGCUCUGGUCGUCUGUGGUGGUGACGGUUCUCUAACCGGUGCCGACCUUUUCAGAUCCGAAUGGCCAUCCUUGGUUGAAGAAUUAGUCAAGGACGGUACUUUCACCAGCGAACAGGUCGCCCCAUACAGAAACUUGACCAUUGUCGGUUUGGUCGGUUCUAUCGAUAACGAUAUGGCUGGUACUGACUCCACCAUCGGUGCCUUCUCCGCUUUAGAAAGAAUCUGUGAAAUGGUUGACUACAUCGAUGCCACCGCCAAGUCUCACUCCAGAGCCUUCGUUGUCGAAGUUAUGGGUAGACAUUGUGGUUGGUUAGCUUUGAUGGCUGGUAUCGCUACCGGUGCUGACUACAUUUUCAUCCCAGAAAGAGCUGUUCCACACGGUCAAUGGCAAGAUGAGUUGAAGGAAGUCUGUCAAAGACACAGAAACAAGGGUAGAAGAAACAACACCAUCAUCGUUGCUGAAGGUGCUCUCGAUGACCAAUUGAACCCAGUUACUGCCGAAGACGUUAAGGAUGUCUUGGUUGAUCUAGGUCUAGACACCAAGGUUACUAUCCUUGGUCACGUUCAAAGAGGUGGUACCGCUGUCGCUCACGACAGAUGGUUGGCCACUUUGCAAGGUGUUGACGCUGUCAAGGCCGUUCUAGAAAUGACCCCAGAGACCCCAUCUCCAUUGAUUGGUAUCCUAGAAAACAAGAUCAUUAGAAUGCCAUUGGUUGAAUCUGUCAAGUUGACUAAGUCUGUUGCUACAGCAAUUGAAAACAAGGACUUUGACAAGGCUAUUUCCAUGAGAGACACUGAAUUCAUCGAACUGUAUGAAAACUUUUUGUCUACUACUGUUAAAGAUGAUGGUUCUGAAAUGCUGCCAGUUACUGAAAGAUUAAACAUCGGUAUUGUCCACGUUGGUGCUCCAUCCGCAGCUUUGAACGCUGCCACUCGUGCUGCCACUCUAUACUGUUUGUCUCACGGUCACAAGCCAUAUGCCAUCAUGAACGGUUUCAGUGGUCUAAUCCAAACCGGUGAAGUCCAAGAGUUGAGCUGGAUCGAUGUUGAAAACUGGCACAACAUGGGUGGUUCCGAAAUUGGUACCAACAGAUCUGUUGCCGCUGAAGACAUGGGUACCAUCGCUUACUACUUCCAAAAGAACAAGCUUGAUGGUUUGAUCAUUUUGGGUGGUUUCGAAGGUUUCAAGUCUUUGAAGCAACUACGUGACAGCAGAGAGCAAUACCCAAUCUUCAACAUCCCAAUGGUUCUAUUGCCUUGUACCAUUUCUAACAACGUCCCAGGUACUGAAUACUCCUUGGGUGUUGAUACCUGUUUGAAUGCCCUAGUUAACUACACUGAUGACAUUAAGCAAUCUGCCUCUGCUACCAGAAGAAGAGUCUUCGUCGUUGAAGUUCAAGGUGGUCACUCCGGUUACAUUGCUUCUUUCACUGGUUUGGUUACUGGUGCUGUCUCUGUAUACACUCCAGAAGAUCCAAUCAGCCUAAAGUCUAUCAGAGAAGAUCUUUCAUUGUUGAAGGAGAACUUCCGUCACGACAAGGGUGAAAACAGAAACGGUAAGUUGUUGGUUAGAAACGAACAAGCUUCCAGCAUUUACAGCACUGAGUUGAUUGCUGACAUCAUUUCUGAAUCCAGCAAGGGUAGAUUUGGUGUUAGAACUGCUAUGCCAGGUCAUGCUCAACAAGGUGGUGCUCCAUCCUCUAAGGAUCGUGUUAUCGCCUCCAGAUAUGCUGUUAAGUGUAUUAAGUUCAUUGAACAAUGGAACAAGAAGAACAAGGCCACUGCUUUGGACAAGGAUGCUAAGGUUUUGAGAUUCAAGUUUGACAAGCACGGUGCUAAGAUUCCAACUGUUGAACACGAAGAUGACUCUGCUGCCAUUAUCUGUGUCAACGGUUCUCACAUCUCCUUCAAGCCAAUCGCUUCUCUAUGGGAAAACGAAACCAACAUUGAGCUAAGAAAGGGUCAUGAAGUCCACUGGACCGAAUUCAACGAAAUCAGUAACAUCCUUUCCGGUAGAUUGAGAUUGAGAGCUGAAGUCGAAGCUUCUAACAACAGAGUUUAA